AUGGCCACGAUCCGGCGCAUGACGCCCGUCGACCUGCUCAACCUGAACCUGACCAACCUCGACCCCUUGACCGAGAACUACGACGUGCACUUCUACCUCAACUAUCUCAUGAAAUGGCCGUCUCUCUUCAACGUCGUCGAGGACCGGGACGGCCAGAUAGUCGGCUAUAUAAUGGGCAAGCUUGAGGCGCAACCACAGGCCAUGCGUCACUCGGAGCACUACACCCCCUGGCAUGGCCAUAUCACGGUGCUCACAGUUGCGCCGGCCUGGAGACGGAUGGGCCACGCACGACGGCUGACAGAGAGCCUGGAGCGGGCGUCAGAUAUGAACAAUGCAUGGUUCGUUGACUUAUAUGUGCGGGCGGGGAAUAAGGUCGCGGUUGAUAUGUACAAGGGCAUGGGGUAUUCUGUGUUUAGGCGAGUGGUGAAUUACUACAGUGAUGAUCCUACGGGGCUCUCAGAAGAGGGUGAAGAUGCAUUCGAUAUGCGAAAGCCGCUGAGUCGCGAUGUGCAUCUGAAGCACUCUCGUCAGGACGGGGAAAACUUCCUUGUAAAUCCUGAAGACGUUACCUGA